UCUGCAGAAUGGUUAACUUUGGACAAGAAUGAACCAGAUGGUAACAUAAUUUAACCAUUGGUGAAAGAUCCACCAGUGGAUAAGGAAGUUAACCACCGAUUUAAUCAAUCUUUCAUACACCGGUAUUUGUGUCUAUCAUUUAAAUAUUACCAAUAUGAUGACGUUCUUUAUUCCAGUAGAAUCCUGCUAGGAAAUGUAACAUAUCUUGCCCAUGUUUUAGAUUAUUUAUAAGGUUUUUUUGUUAUAUAGCAUGGUCUUUCACGAUUCCAAUACCUGCAUGAGAGUGCAGUUUAGAUAGCUUGUUUUAUUCCCAAGUCACUAUUCUCUUCUCAUGUAACAGGAAGUCAUCCAUUGUAAACAAAGUACAUAUUUUCAUAAUCUAAUCCAUAUUGGAAAACAGUUUUCUGGGUAUAUGAUUACCCCGUGUGGUGAAACAUUCAAAUGGGAAAGAUCAGUCGAGAUGAAGCAUUUUACAUGCAUGAAUUAUAACAUAUAGCAGAAAUCGAUAUAAUGCACCACCAGAGAUACAAUAUAAAGCCUUUGAUGCAGCAAGCGAUGUUAGAAUGCGCAAUGGUGAUACCGAAGACGUAUUACAUAUGGUCAGUGCUGACGACUGUUAUUGCCGAGUCCUGCUCAGUCAGCCUUCAGGAGGGGUACUCCAGAUUACGGUAUGGAUACAGACUGGACAGGAAAAUGAUCGACUCUUUCGUAGACUACAGCAUACUAGAUUGUGUGGAGGACUGCUUAAGACGAAAACGCUGUAAAUCUGUGAGUUAUUACGGAGGUGCCAAAUACUGCGAAAUCAAUUAUGAGAACAAAACUACAGCUCCUAAUAAAUACCUGGAAAGUGCGGGGUGGGUUUACAGCGAGCGGGAAGACUGGGACAAGACAAUAACUGGACCCUGUGCCUUUUCGAACUGUGAGAUGAACCAGGCCUGUCAGCCACUACCGUUUGCGAAACAUAAAUGUGUCCUAACUGAUUGUGGUAUCCCAAAAAUGCAUAGGGCGGACAUGGACGAAGUAGGCAGAUGGGACGCCAUCGCUAUAGGGAGGAUGGUUCACCCGAGGUGUAUCAAUCAGGACAAACAUAUCGGACGACUGCUGUGUUCUAAAGAGGGUCAUUGGAUAGUGGAUCGGAAUUGUGGUUGGAGUCGAUUUAGAGAUCAUAUGUACAUCGUUGGUGAUUCGAAGAGCGACUGGAAAUCAGCUGAGAAACAAUGCCGCUCUGACGGUGGAUACUUAGCAGAAAUUAACUCGAUUGAGGAAAAUUCAUGGAUUCGAGAUUGUAUCAUGAAAACAGGUUCGAUAACCGCUCUCUGGAUUGGUGCCAAUGACCUGGACAAAGAGAACGAAUUUACAUGGAGGUCUAGCAAAACGCCUCUGCUUUACUCGAACUGGAAUAACAAGCAGCCUAAUGAUAGUAAUGAUAACCAGGUCUGUGCAGUUCUGAAAGAAUCUGGGAAGUGGAAUGACAUAAAAUGUGAAAGACAGAGGAAUUUCAUCUGCGAGAAGGCGUUGAAAUAAAAGCAUAUCUUCCUUCUUGACAUAUCCAGAAAAUAUGUAUAGUCUUGCUUGUGCUAUAACCUGAUAUCCUGAAAAUGAGCCGCGGUUAAUAUUCAGUUUUGAUAAGAAGCGGAGGCUUUUUAAAAGUAUUUUGUUUUCAAAUCACGGUUAAUUUUCAAAGAAAAAAAAUCUGCAUUUCUGAACUGAAUUGAGAGCAUUGUGUUAAAAAUCGAGUUUACCAGUAUCAAACAUCAAACAACAAAAAUCGUUUUUAUGAGGAACAAAUGUUUCCCCAGAUCCCCAACUAUGAAACCUUCUUCCCUUAAUUCAAUGCACUGUAUGAAAGGUGAAUAUAACGAACUGUGAUCAAUCUCAUAAUGUCUAUGAGGAAUAUGAAAUAGAAAGUUGGGCAAACAAGGACCCCUAAAUAUACCAGCAGUGGAAUCAGUUACCAAGGAGGAGUAAGCAUCCUCUGUCGCCCGGUUAUAACCAUCGUGAACCUUAUAACUUGAUGAGGUAAACGGAAUUAUCCGUAGUCAAAAUCAGUGAAUCAAGAAUGACUUAACAAUUUGUAUGAAAUACGUCAGACAACAUUUGACCCAAUGGUAGGUUGCAUUGGCAGACUAGAUCGUAAUAACAACCAUAUAAUUUGCGAAAUGCUGGUUUGAAACGCGACUGUUGGAACACCUGCAUCAUCAACUUGUUUGUCAGUAGCCUGCUUCGAUUUCGUUUGUAACUAAUUGUUAAACUAAAAACAAAGGCCUAACAAUCGGUAUGAAACACUUCAGACAGCAUUUGACCCGAUGAUAGGUUGUAUGGGCAAACUAGAUUGUUAUAACGACCAUACAAUUUGCAAAAUUGCUGAUUCCAACGACUGUUGAAACCCCUGCACCAUCAACUUCUUAUUCAGUAGCCUGCCUCGAUUUAAAAGCUGGCUGGUGUUAUAUUCCCCGCUUUAAAUGAAUAGGCGGAUCCUGUAGAACUGUUAUCCUCGUAUACCCCCUUUAAUAUUUAGAUGUUAGUGGGCGUUUAGUGCUAGGAAAAAUGCAUAAGUGAUACAUAUUUUGAAAUGAAUUAUUGUUUAUAAUUGUUUGGUUUGAAAAACGAAGAAAAAAAUCGAGGCUACAUCUGACGUCACUAUGCACGGUUAACGUCGGCUGGUCCUAUAUUCUCCGCGUCAAAGGAAUAGGCGGAUCCUGUAAUUAUCCUCAUAGAUAUCCACCUUUGAUACUGGGCGUUUAGCGCAAGGGAAAUUUCAUAGAUAAAACAUAUUUUUAAAUGAAUUGUAAUUUACCGUACUGAACAGAAUUGUGACUAUCACUUGGAACACGCCAAUGACCAUAUCAUGCUUCGCUCGGUCCAAC